AUGAUACUUCGCUCAUCGAAUCAAUCCCUCAAAUUGGGCACACAAAUGAAAGGCGAAUGUCCGAAUGGGAUUUUGAGUGGAAAUUCGAUAAUCGAAUGUUUAUUUGGAGGCAUUUGGUCAAAUGAGCUUGGGAAUUGUCUAGAAGGAGCUCCCUUUUGUCCUUUACCAGGCGUGAGGAAUGGAUAUCCUGUCGAAUAUGAUGGCAAUCGAUUGCUAGUGCAAUGUCGAGCUCGUUUCGCUGGCGCUGAUGGAGCGGCUAGUUUCACUUCAAAUUGCGAUGGCCGAUACUGGACUCCAAAUCCAACUUGUUUACCUGUUAACUGUAGCACUCCGGAAAGCUUGUACAACGAGGCGACGCUGAAGAAUUCGAGCAAUUACUGGAGAGCAUUUGAUGUGGCUCAAUAUUUGAUCGAAGACUCGAUCUCUCAAAAUCCCUUUCGUCAAUGUUCCCGUGCUGGCACAUGGAAUGAUUUCAAUUUCCAGAAAGUGUUACGAUGUCCUGGAAAAGUGAUUCCAUUCGGUUCUCUUCGAUCCUCAAAUGUCGGUGAAUCGAUAUUGGCUGAUUGUGUUCAAGGGUUUCAUCCAAAUCAACAAGUUCUAUGUAUGAAUGAUGGAAAGUAUCAAGAUUUUCCGGAUUUAUGCAUCGAAGCACAAUAUUCACCUGAAUUGUGCGGUGAUGGGGAAAUUAUGGAAAGAGCAGGGUAUCCGGGUGGAUACACAUGCAAUUGCCCACUGAAACAACAAUUCAACGGGACAACGUGCAUUGUACCAGAGUGCUCUAAGUUUGAUCUCAUUGAAAAAAUCAAAGAUGAAAAUACGAGUCAAUUCGUGGAACCGGAUAAACUGUACUAUAAAUAUUUCGAGACUGUUUCGGUCUACACAGGCGCCAUCUAUGAACACUCGGAAACUUUACUUUAUUACAAAACGGUUUGGAAAUGUGUUAAAAAGACUUGGGAACUUGACAAUACUGAUCUAUGGGGAAAUAUCUACAAAGAAAAAGAUAUACCAAAAUGCAAUGGAAGUCAAUCAGAUUCGUGGGUUUCUCUCAACAAAGCACAAUAUUUACCGUUUGAAGUCGGAACUGGGCAUUGUGAAAGCCUCCAGGAAACUUGGGAUCCGACGUAUUGUAGUCCAAAAGGCUCGUGGGUUGGCGAGUUCUUUUGUAGGAGAGCUCCCGAAAAUCGAACGGAAAAGAGAAAAAUGAGAAAUAAACGAAUGAAGCAGAAAAAUGAGUGCUUGUUACCGGGUAAUAAACUGAUUGAGGCAACAAGUCGGUCAUUGGAAAUCGGAAAAUUUGCCACAAUUAGUUGUAAAUAUUCAGGAUAUACACUUUUGGGGUCAUCUGAAAUUGGAUGCUCUUUUCUAUCAAAAAGGAAUUGUUUAUUAGACGCAAGCUCGGCAAUCACGAUUUAUGAGGGAGAAACGUUGACAUUAUAUUGCAAUUAUCGGCAAUCUUGCAAAAAUAGAAUUUACAUCUGUGCAUCGGAAGAAGGAAAUGAAAUUGUUGAGAAAAGAGAGAUCAAAGUUUCCGUGAUUCCUUCAUUCAACGACUCACCAAUUUCAUCAUCGGAAGCCGAAAUCUUUCUUUCACUAGCGAAACUCGGGACGUUGGUCGAGUUUUCCGAUUCUAAUACAAAAAUUGGUUUAACUCAUUAUCCACGGACAAGAAUUGAGAAAAAGGCUCAGCUUGUUCAAGGCUCGUGUUCAAAAGAUUCCAUUGAAUUCCAUCAAUCAUUUGCCGAAUGUUUGCCAGAUGGUAUUUGGAAUCGAAGCCGAAGUGUUUCAUCGUGUAAAUGUCGCGAAGGGAAAGCUGAAUAUCUUGGUGAAUGCGUUGAAAGAGGUACAAAAUGUUAUUCUUGUUCAAAUGAUGCCGAUUGUAAAACGAUAAAACAAUGCGACCGAGGAGAGAUCUGUUAUAGUAAAUUGGCUUUUUAUAUGGAUACAAAAUUUGUCGAUCAAGGCUGUAUAAAAAGAGAGAAUUGUAUUUUGGAAGAAUCGGCGAAUUGUUGUGAUCGAGAUUACUGUAACGAUUUUCGUCAAACGGAAAAGAAGCCAACUUUAACGGGAUUCGGAAAAUGUUUGGAUGAAAGGCGAACUUCAUUGGAAUGCGUUGAAGCAAUCGAAGUGCAAAAAAAUGGUUUUCCUUUG